AUGCUCCUGUCGGGGAUAAAGUAGACGGACACGCCGCUUCCAGGGCUCCGCUCUCCGGUCCCCGGUCUCCGGACUCCGGACUCCGGCACCGCAGAGCCAGCAUGAGGAAACCCAGAGCGAUCCGGACCGUGUUCGCCCUCAGCCUGGGAUGUUUCAUCAUGGUCAUCUUCUAUGUGAACAGCCUGAAGCCAGCCUCGGAGCCGGUGGGAGAGAAGAGCAGCGGACAGAAGACGAGGAGGAGUCCCCUGCAGACGCUGUACGAGGGAGACCAGGUGGAGUCCGCAGUCCAGGCCAUCCAUCAAGGUCGGCGGGAGCUGUUGGAAGAAGCCUGCCGCUCCUACACCCGCAAACGCCGAGUCCUGAUCCCCGAGGACCUGAAGCACGUCAUCGUGGACGAUCAGCACGGCCUGCUGUACUGCUACGUGCCCAAAGUGGCCUGCACCAACUGGAAGAGGGUGCUCAUGGUCCUGACAGGCGUGGCGGGCUCCCACAGGGACCCUUUGGACAUCCCUGCCAACGAGGCCCACGUCCCCGGGAACCUCCGGACCCUGUCGGAGUACUCCACCUCCCAGAUCAACCAGCGGCUGCGCUCCUACUUGAAGUUCGUCUUUGUGCGCGAGCCCUUCGAGCGGCUGGUGUCCGCCUAUCGCAACAAGUUCACGCGCAGUUACAACACCGCUUUCCACAAACGGUACGGCACAAAGAUAGUGCGGCGCCACAGGCCGGACCCUCAGCCCCAAGCCCUGGAGCGCGGGGACGACGUGUCCUUCGAGGAGUUCGUGUAUUACCUGGUGGACCCGGCCACCCAGCGGGAGGAGCCCUUCAACGAGCACUGGGAGCGGGUGCACUCGCUGUGCCACCCCUGCCUCAUCCACUACGACGUGGUGGGGAAGUACGAGACGCUGGAGCAGGACUCCCGCUACGUGCUGCAGCUGGCCGGCGUGGACCAGCAGGUCACCUUCCCCACCUCGUUCAAGAGCACCAGGACUACAGGAGACAUGGCGGCCCAGUUCUUCCACAACAUCAGCCCUUUUUACCAGAAGAAGCUGUACAAUCUGUACCGCAUGGACUUCUUGCUCUUCAACUACUCGCUGCCAGCCUACCUGAAGUUCAGAUGAGGCUGUUACGCAGACCCCAC